ACCACAUCUGAAAACUUGUUAGCCAAAACAUAAACCUUCCAAGAAAGAUGAAGGCAGCAGUGGGCGAGUCGGGUGAGCUAAAGAGUUCCAAAUCGAAACCAGGGAUGAAUCGAGGUUUGUCGAUUCUCGACUUCAUCCUCCGGUUGGCUGCCAUUGUUGGAACAUUAGGAAAUGCAAUAGCUAUGGGAACCACAAACCAGACGCUUCCAUUUUCCACACAGUUCAUUCGGUUCAGAGCCGAGUAUAAUGAUCUCCCAAUGUUUACCUUCUUUGUUGUGGCCAACGCCAUUGUAACUGGCUACUUGGUUCUUUCUCUUCCUCUUUCUAUAUUCCACAUCGUGAGGAGCAGAGCACAUGGCACUAGAGUUUUGCUGGUCUUCUUGGGCGCGGGAAUGAUGGCUCUUUUGACAGCAGGGGCUUCUGCAGCAGCAGCCAUUGUGUACUUAGCACACAAAGGAAAUUCCAGGACCAAUUGGUUAUCUAUCUGCCAGCAAUUUAACUCCUUCUGCGAGCGGAUCUCAGGCUCUUUGAUCGGAUCUUUUGCAGGAAUUGUUCUAUUCAUGGUUAUGAUCUUCCUUUUGGGUGCAGCACUGUCUCGUCGUCAUUGA